AUUUUCACCGAUCAGUGACGUCACAUCAUUGUUGGCGGAAGAAGACGCGCACGCUGAACUCGGGGACAGAAGAGAAGAAGCACAGGACCGCAGACAUCAGCGACAAUGGCGGACAACGCGGCUUUUUUCGACGAUUACGAGGAUUUCGAAGAUUAUGAGGACGAGUUUGAUGGGCGUCCUUAUAUGUUCGAACCGGAGUAUACCGAGGAAGAAUUACUCGAGCGCCGCAGAAGAAGAGAGAGAGAGGGAGAAAGAGCGCAAGCUGAGGAGGCUGCGGCACAGCAAGAGUCUCUCGCCGCACAGCCUCGUACCACAGGUAGCUGGUGGUGCUCUUGCGAAAGCUGCGACAAAAUGCCCACCGAAGAGGAAUGCUUUUGUUGCAAAGACUGGGACGUUCUGCACGGACACACGGAAGGUGUUGCGUGUGUUACCUUGGGAGAAGGUUUCAGGUCGCUUCUGCACCUUUGGGUUUUGGAGGCUUUUUUCCACGUCCCAAAGGUAAACUGGAAGAAAAGACCCACGCCGGAGGGACCAAAUGGAUCUUUAUCCACAAAACAGUGCAGACUGGUCGCGUACCGCGUCUUCUUGGAGUGGGCACUUCAGGGACAGCAAUUAGGACGCCGUCAGAGACUGGUCCUUCCCAGCUGCGUUGUAAACGCCAUUCGAAAGCAAUACCCGUGUCCCACCGGCACCUACCAUGGGUUCCAGGAAGCUGACGAGGCUACCAGCAUCAUUUGACUCACUUUCAAGUUUUUGUACUUUGUAAAUAGUGUAAAUAGUUUGUCAUAAAGAAAACUCUUUUGGUGUGAAAAUGUAAAACAAAAA